AAAAGGUCGAGAAUAUUUGGCGUCGAUAGGUCGACAAUUUCUUCUUUCCUUUUUUUUGUUGUUGUUGAGUAUAAAAGAACAUAGAUUCGAUUCGUUUUAGAUUCAUUUGCUAAGUGUGUAUGGUAAUCAAUUGACUAUAUGAAAAGAAAAAUGAAAUUGACUUUAGCAUUUAUUUUAGCCAUUUUUGUUGCCAAUUCUUCGGCAUUACUUUUUCGAUCAAGAACCACCAAUCCAAGCAAGGUAGUUGUUCAAUCUCCAGCUGUAAAAACAGUUCGACAUGGAUUCCGAAAUUUUCCAAUUGUACAACAACAGAUUCAACAGAUGCCCGAAUCUGAUCGAGUUGAACAGAUUCCAAUGAUUGACAAUGUUUAUCGUCAACCAAUUCGAUCAUACAAUGAACCAUUAAAUAUUCCAGUAUUUUCAUCACAUAAUUUACAAGUAAUUCCGGUCAAUGUUGAAACACCAAUGCAACAAUCACAAGUGAUUGCAAUCGAACCAAGUACACAGGCCAUACAUUUAGUAUUCAAAUCUGUUAGUAAUCCAUUAUCGAUUCAUCAACAACAUAGUCCAGGUGAACGUUCAUUUUAUGAAACUACUCGGUCAGAAGAACCAGCACAUAUUAUUCGACAUGAAGUUUAUAAGCCGGUAGUACAGGAAUUACAGGAAACUAUUCAACCAUAUCGACAGGUUACUCAAGAAAUUAGACCAGUCAUUGAAAAAGUAAACGUUAUUGUACCAAAAGCUGAACAAGUUAACCGAAAAUAUGUUGAUCAUGUUCAACGGGAUUUUAUUGUACCAAUGUUACCGGGAUUGCCUAAAUUUCCAAAAUUACCAUCAAUAAUUUUUCCAAGACCCGUUGUUCAGCAACCAGAACAACAGCAACAACAACGAUUUCCAGUUCAACAACAACAACAACAAGAAGUUCGUGAACAACAACAACAACAACAACAACAAGUUUCAAAUUUACAAUCAUCACCUGAACGAUAUACAGUACCAAUAAUUAUUGAACAUCCACAACAACAAAGAAUUGAAGAUACAAAUGAAGAAAACUUUGAUUGAAUAAAAUUCUGAUUGAUUUCAAAAUGACGAAAUGAAGAAAUC